AAGAAUUGUUUUAAAAAAUUAGUGCUGAAUAGCUUGGAAAAAGAGGGAGAUAUUUGUCCAACAGGAUAGGACUCUGUUCAUCUUUGUGAAACUAACCCAUUUCAUAAAGUUGCAAUUGAAAAUACAUUUCAUAACUGUUCGGUGUUUGAAUAGCCAUUCAGAGAAUGAAUCACAUACACUGAAACGAAAAUCAUAGUAAUGUCAUAUACAAACAUGGAAGUUCUUUCUCUCCCCCUCACAUUCACCAAAUCUCAAACCUUUCUAUCUCUCAAACAACCAAAUCACCAUUUUCCAAUAAACAAUCUUUCUUCUUCUUCUUUUUCUUCUUCUUCUUCUUCCAUUUCAUGUAAUUCCUCUUUUACCAGAAUCGCAGCAACGAAUGCCCAACCAUCAAUUUCACAAACUGAUAAGUUGUUUCCUGCGGGAAAUUCAAAGCAUUGGAUUGUCAGAAUGGAUAAGCCCGCUGUUGGUGUUGUUAGCAAAGCUCAGAUUGUUGAUCAUUAUGCUCAAAUUUUGACUAAGGUUACGGGAAAUGAAAAAUAUGCACAGAUGUCUUUAUAUCAUGUUUCUUGGAAAACCAACUUUGGCUUUUGUUGUGAAAUUGAUGAGGACCGUGCACAUGAGUUAGCUGGUGUGCCUGGUGUUUUGUCGGUUCAGCCAGACCACAAUUUUGACUCUGAAAAUAAGAAUUAUGAAGGUAGAAACUUGGAAAAUAGACUCAAUGUGCCUAAUUCUUUGGAAGGAACUCAAGAAACUUCAGUGAAAACAAAGAAACUUUUUGUGACAGGGCUAUCAUUUUAUACAUCUGAGAAAACCUUACGUGCUGCAUUUGAAGGCUUUGGUGAGCUUGUUGAAGUUAAAGUUAUCAUAGAUAAAAUUUCAAAAAGAUCCAAGGGUUAUGCAUUUAUUGAAUAUACCACAGAAGAGGCUGCAAGUGCAGCACUCAAAGAGAUGAAUGGCAAGAUUAUUAAUGGCUGGAUGAUAGUGGUAGAUGUUGCCAAGCCUACCCCGCCAAGAUACGACAAGGGUCGCACCAGACCAUCUGCUUGAUAAGAAAAACAAAGUCUGGCAAGACAACAAUGCAAGCAGGUAUGUUACGCUGCCAAAGUAUUCUCAGAAGUUUUCGGUAGUUAUUACUACAUAUGAUCCAGGAAGCGAACAUAUUUGCCAGGUUUCCUACUGGUUGUGUGAAAUUAUGCAUGCUGCAAUGGACAGAUUAGCGAUAUUGUAGCCUCCCAUGGCAUGACAGCUGGCCUUGUGUUACAGUACUGAAAAGAUGAGAGAAGUUUGAGGGUUUGGAUCCUUAUUGUUAUGCCUUUGGACAUUAGAGAAAUCAGUUGAAAUUUUAACACAAUGUUGGUUGAGAAUAGGUGUUUCAAGAAAGUAAAACCUAGCAAACAGUCUAAAUUUCCAUAUUCUUUGCUUAGUCGUUAUGUAUGCUUAAAUGGGAAUUGUGAAAAGGGUCACAUAUGUUGGUGCUACUAACAAGAAUCCUGUGAAUAAACUCUGCUACUGUGUAAACAAUACACAAUCAUAUUCUCUUAAAUCUUACAGAUGUAAUCAUUGCAAUAAUAAAUUUCUAACUUCCUGUGGCUA